AUGAAAUCAUUUCACACUAGAACCUGCAUUCGCUGCGUUCCCUGGAGUGGCCACAUCGACGUUCAAAGUAAAACUGGAUGCUGGUCUCUACUGGGGAGAAAUGGAGCAUAACAGGAACUUUCUCUGGAUGUGUACCGCUGGGUCUACUACGGCAUCGUUCCGCAUGAGCUCCUCCACGCACUGGGCUUCUACCACAAACACACCAGGAGUGACAGAGACCAGUAUGUCAAGAUCAAUUGGGAAUAUAUUCCUCAAGGUGACAAGUUUAUUGCCACACCACACAGGACAUACACACACACACAACAGUGCAAGAAGGAAAUUGAAGCUGCUCAAGGUCAGAUGACCCAGGCCUGGAGUGAGUUCCAGAAAGACCCCGAGCACAGAGGUGGGAAUUGUCCUCUAUCCCUGGACAGUAAGGUCAGGCUGAGGUCGGGGGUUACCUCAGCUGUAAGUCUGAGCCAGGGAGAGGGUUUGAAUGGUUCAUGUCUGAAGGUUUUUUUCAACUUUGUCUCUCUUUUAUUUUUAGGACUGCCUUCUCAAUUGAGAAAGAGGGGGAAAAACACCCUUCCCAUUCCUGACUCCUCUGUGAACAUAGGACAGAGGCAGGAUAUGUCUCACAUCCAGAGGAUCAACAACCUACAGUAUAUCAGUGAGUAUGAACUACAUGGGGUCUAACAAAUUAUGUAUAUCUUCUUUACAAUUUACUUCCCAAUUUGAAUUUCCUGUUGCAUACAUUUUUGGACAUAGAAAUGAAUGAUAUGUACCCAUUGAUUCUUGAAGAAUAUACUUAUAAAUGCCUCAUGAGCUUCAUUCAACUGUCAUACCCUAUCAUAAUCCAAAAUGUAAGCUUCAACGUAGUAUAGCCUCAAAACUAGAUAUUUCGGAUGGUCAGUCCUUGCAUUCUUAGCUCUGUCUAUUAAUCACGGUACUCCAUUCUGCUUGUUUGUUUUAUCUGUCGUCCCAGUUGCCUAGUCAACGCCAUUUUACCUGCUGUUUGUUGUGCUAGCUGAUUAGCCUCGCCUACUGUUUUUAGCUAGCUUUCCCAAUUCAACACCUGUGAUUACUGUAUGCCUCGCGGUAUGUCUCUCCCAAAUGUCAAUAUGCCUUGUAUACUGUUGUUCAGGUUAGUUAUCAUUGUUUUAGUUCACAAUGGAGCCCCUAGAUCCACUCUGCAUACCCCUGUUACCUCCUUUGUCCCACCCCCCACACAUGCGGUGACCUCACCCAUUACAACCAGCAUGUCCAGAGAUACAACCUCUCUCAUCAUCACCCAGUGCCUGGGCUUACCUCCGCUGUACCCGCACCCCACCAUACCCCUGUCUGCGCAUUAUGCCCUGAAUAUAUUCUACCAUGCCCAGAAACCUGCUCCUCUUAUCCUCUGCCCCCAACGCUCUAGGCGACCAGUUUUGAUAGCCUUUAGCCGCACCCUCAUACUACUCCUUCUCUGUUCCGCGGGUGAUGUGGAGGUAAACCCAGGCCCUGCAUGUCCCCAGGCACCCUCAUUUGUUGACUUCUGUGAUCGAAAAAGUCUUGGUUUUAUGCAUGUCAACAUCAGAAGCCUCCUCCCUAAGUUUGUUUUACUCACUGCUUUAGCACACUCUGCUAACCCUGAUGUCCUUGCCGUGUCUGAAUCCUGGCUCAGGAAGGCCACCAAAAAUUCAGAGAUUUCCAUACCCAACUAUAACAUCUUCCGUCAAGAUAGAACUGCCAAAGGGGGCGGAGUCGCAGUCUACUGCAGAGAUAGCCUGCAAAGUAAUGUCAUACUUUCC